CUUUCUUUGUCGUCAAACCCCCAUAAACCCUAAAAGUUUGAACCUUCACGAAAUGCAGUUUCUUGCGAGAUCACUAUUGAAAUCGAUAAGGCCUUCGUUAAAUUCAACAACUAUACAAUCAUGGGUUCUUUCUCAGAAACUUCAUACAACUUUUUCUGCGGAAAGUAGCAGCCGUACUCACGGAGGAGGAAGCGGAGCUGAGAACUCGUCGGAGGAGUGGCCGAGACCGACGGAGGUACCUUACCAACCCAAAAUCGCGAAUUCUGUUGAUUUGAUUGGGUACGUUCACCAACAAGUUGAGUCCAACUCUUCGACCGAUGGAAAGUUCUGGGCAAGAACAGUCAUUUCGCAUGAACCUUCUUCUGAUUCCAAAUCCGAGUCUGAUUCAUCUAGUAAUUUCUGGAUUCCGGUACUGUUUGAAGGGGAUUUGGCUCAUACAGCUUACUGUUAUUUGAAGAAAAACGAUAGGGUUCAUAUUACCGGACAGAUUUUAAGAGAUGUGAUUAAGUCUGGAGCUAAUUCUGACCAAGCGUAUGUUCAGUUGUUUAAAAGCUUUCAUGGUAGCUUUUCACAUCAAGUAAUGGUUCGUGAUCUCCACUACGUUGAAGGUUCUGAAGCCCUGCCAAAAGCUUUGCCAACGUCUGAUCAAAGUGAAGGUGUGCUAAAGCAUUCCGCUAGCGUUCAAAAAGGAAGUGGUUUUGGAACUAAUCGUUGGGCUGAUCUUGUUGAUUAUCCUGAUAAAUGGUUUGAUUACCGGGAAAGCAAACAGAAUGGAUCGGUAAAUCCUAAUCACCCUGAUUUCAAGAAGAAAGACGGGAGUGAAGCCCUUUGGAUUAACAAAGCUCCCAAAGAUGUAUUGUUUGAGCUCAAUGGCCUGAAGUUUGAUAUCCCAAAAUACGCGAAACAACCAAAGGCCGGGGAGGAACAUUGGAAGGACUUGGUAGAAAACAUGAAGAACUGGUGGGACAAUAGAGUGGACAAGAGAAAUCCAAAAGGGCCGGAUUUUAAACACAAAGAAACCGGUGUAGCUCUCUGGCUAAAUAAAUCUCCGAGCUGGGUGUUAGAAAGACUGCCUCCUCCAAAGAGCGAAAAAGAAACAAGUGACAUCUACGGAGAAGCAUAGAUGUUUAGACCAAUGUUCAUAGUGCGUUACUCCAAUUUUUUUUGGCUUCUAUGGAUUAGAUGAAAUGUGGUCAUGGUAGUUUAUUCUUAUGUGCAUAUAUAUUAGAACAUAGAGUUUCUUCUGUAUUGAAGCAGAACGAAACAGAGAUGGUUCUAGUUUCUUCGGCUCAUUAUUAAAUCAUUUAAGAUGCUGAGAAAUAGUCUAAGAUACGUUUCUCUAUUGGUCAUUUA